CCCGAUCCUUCCCGCGACGUCUUCCCUUCCCGCUUUCCCCGGAGAAACAUGGCCGGGAGCAGCGAGGAGGCGCCAGACUCCCGGCGAGGCGUCGUGGUUAUGGAUGAUUGGUCCGGGUAUGACUUGAAUUUGUUCACAUACCCACAGCACUACUAUGGAGAUUUGGAAUAUGUCCUCAUACCUCAUGGCAUCAUUGUGGACAGAAUUGAGCGUCUGGCUAAGGAUAUUAUGAAUGACAUAGGAUAUUGUGACAUUAUGGUCCUGUGUGUGCUUAAAGGAGGUUACAAAUUCUGUGCUGAUCUUGUAGAACACCUUAAGAACAUCAGCCGAAAUUCAGAUCGAUUUGUCUCUAUGAAGGUUGAUUUCAUCAGACUAAAAAGUUACAAGAAUGACCAAUCUGUGGGUGAGAUGCAGAUAAUUGGAGGCGAUGAUCUUUCAACCCUGGCUGGAAAGAAUGUCCUCAUCGUUGAGGAUGUUGUUGGAACUGGGAGGACCAUGAAAGCACUGCUCAGUAGCAUAGAGAAAUACAAGCCCAACAUGAUCAAGGUGGCCAGUUUAUUGGUCAAGAGAACACCCAGAAGUGAUGGCUUCAGACCUGACUACACUGGAUUUGAGAUUCCAAACUUAUUUGUGGUGGGAUAUGCCUUAGAUUACAACGAAUACUUCAGAGAUCUGAAUCAUAUAUGUGUGAUCAAUGAACAUGGUAAAGAAAAAUAUCGAGUGUAAGGAGGAAAAUCCUCACCGUCUCAUUCCCGGAUAACAUCAUACGUACGCAUGCUGUCAGGAACCAGCUUGUAAAGUUUGUCUCUGCAGUCAUCUUCACGCAGCAGGAUAUAAAAGGAAAAAAAGGUGUUUCAAUGAGAGAAAUUUCUUUUCUGAGAUUAUAGUAUAAAGAGGACCAAAGGUCCUUAAGGAAAAGAAAGCAACACUUUUAUUUGACUUGUUCCCAAUUAAACGCUCUGCCUUGUGACUCAUGAGUUCUAGCUACGUUCACUCUCCUGUCUUUUCACUCUAUACUGUCUUUUGUUUUCAUACAGUCAUUACAUUUGAUUACUUUUCCCAGGAAUACCCCUACCUAGUUACUCAAAUAUUUUUCACUUAACUUUUUUUAAUAUUCUUUUUGGUAAUAUUUUACAUUAUUAAGAACCUAGAAACCUUUUCAAUUAAGCCUUGAGCUCGUAUACCAGGAAUGCAACUAGGUUCUCAUACUAAAAAAGGAUGGAAAGGGCAACUUAAUAUAAAUUUCUGUUUGCACGUUUCUGACAGGCCAUUAUUAUCUACUUUGACAAAGCCCUUCUGAAAUGCAAUGUACAAUGAAUCUUAAUGAUGCUAUGAGAUAAGCCUCUGCUCCCUUCUCUUGAUUUGAGCUUCCGGUAUGCGAUGACGGUAUGUCAUGUAUGCAUGGAUCUACUCGACUGUGUUUAAUACUCUGAAUUUUAAUUAGAAAAAAUACAAUGGCAGCAAAGCCCUGGUUUUCUAAGCGGUGUGCUUUCAUUCAUGUGGACUUGAGCAAAUGGCAGAAUUGCUCAAAACUAAGCAAGUAUACAUUUUUUCUCUUAUUUGCAUCAAGACGCUCAUGUAUUCUGAACAUGAACACAGAGGUUGAAUUAUUUCUUAAGUGUCCUUAUAAGACUGAUCAAAAAAUGCAAGGUGCCAUAGGAAACAAGCAUAGUUAAGAAAGUUUUUUCUGAACAACAUUUUUUUUUUCCAUUUUCACAGUUUUAUAAGACAUUUUCUAAUUUCUGGGGAUUUUAAUUGAAAAUAAACUUGAGUGCCAAUAGGGCUGUUUUUUCUCACUUUCUAAAAGGAGCAAAUGCAAAAUAAAUGACUAAGCUGCCUUUGUGUGUUUCUGAACCAUAUGUGGCAUAUUGUUAUUAGGUUCUAGCUUCAUGUAGACUAAUAAAGAAUAUGAAAACUUGUUAUGUUU